AUGGCUUCGCAGUCCACAGAAUUCGGAAUGGAAAAGAUAUUUCAUUCAAUGGAAAUCGGCCAUAAUGUGUACAGAUUGCAACUUCUUAAACGGCGUGAUCCAAUCCAGAAAAAGCUUCGAUACAAUCGUGAAACAAGACAGCUGUUUUUAUCAAAGACGGAUGUGCUUGAAAAGAAUGUCAGUAAGACGUUGCGAUUAGAGUUACGAUUAGUGAAGGAAGUGCACACGCUUGAUUUCAAAUUGCAAAAGAUUGGAAUAAGAGACAAAUGGGGAAAAGAUAAGGAAAUUAAGCAGUUCGAUGCUACGAGAAUAUUAGUUAUUAGUUAUGGAAUAAGUUUUAACCUGCGGUACUGGAUUUUACUCUUUGAUUCGAAACGUGUAUGUCGUAUGUGGUGUCAAGGUGUCCAUCAUUUGAUGCUAGAUACAGUUUCUGCUUGUCAUACACUCUUGGUUGAACGAUGGCUGAGAAAAGAAUUUUAUGGUAUUGCAGGCUGUGAUGCUAAAAAUCCUUUCGUAGCAAUGAAGCAUAUGAAGCCUUUUGUACAAAUAAGUUUGCAGUGCAAAGUACAAUCAAAACAACUCCAGGAAGUUUGCGAGGAAACGAUGUAUUAUGAUGCCUUUGCAAAUGCAUAUCGAAAACUUCUUCAUGCUAAUUCUCUUUUUGCGGAACAUUUUUCAGCCUAUUCAGAUGAUGCAUGUAUUGUUAGCUUUAACAACUUUUUACGAUUCAAUAAGGACAUACAAAAUGAUGAAAUAGGAUUGGUACGUGAAAGGGCUAGUGAUUUUCUAAGACGUUUUUUGAGAGAAUGUGACCCGUAUAGAGACGUUCCUGAGCCAGUGCUUAGCAUUACUGAGUUUUGCGAUUUUCUUUUUUCACGAGAAAAUUCAUUAUGGGAUCCUAUCAAUGAGAAUGUUGUGCAUGAUAUGAAUCGGCCAUUAAGUCAUUAUUGGAUUGCUUCAUCACACAAUACGCAAGUUUUGUAUAUGGUACCAGAUGCAUUAAAAACAGAAUUUGUUUACUCUUUUCAUCGUACUUUCAGUUGCAAAUAUCUUACUGGGGAUCAGUUGAGAAGUGAAUCUUCUUUGGAUGCGUAUGCUCGAGCACUUCUUAUGGGUUGCAGAUGUGUUGAACUUGAUUGUUGGGAUGGUCAGAAGAAGAGUUCUGGUGAAAUACAAGAUAUUAUUGUUUAUCAUGGCCAUACAAUGACUAGUAAGCUUAAUUUGCGUGACGUACUUUGCACGAUUCGACACUAUGCUUUUAUUAAUAGCGAGUUUCCAGUCAUUCUCUCUAUUGAAGACAACUGCUCUGUACCUGCACAACGCUUGCUUGCUCGUGAAAUUAAAGAAAUACUAGGAGAAUAUUUGUUGACAACUCCAGUCAGCCGGGAUGAAAUAUGUUUACCAUCUCCAGCGACUUUGAAACGAAAAAUUAUCUUGAAACACAAAAAAUUACCAACAGAAAUUGAAGAUAGUGCUUCUCAACUACUUGAAGAGGACCAAGAGGCAGAUUUACUCGCAAUGAAAUUCACCCGACGAGGAAUUUUGUCACUGAAAAAUUCUGCUAAUAAUGAAUGGACUACGCACCUAUUUAUUCUCUUUCCGGACCGUUUGUGUUAUAUGUUGGAGCAUUGUGAAAAUAACAUCAGUAAUCGUGACAUUCUCAAACGUGAAGAUUCUGUUGGCAGUAUACAAGACGAUGAAGGUCAGGAUGAUUUGAGCAACUUGAUAGGAUUUGGUGUACGUCCAGAAGAAAUGCAUAUCACAGAGGAAUGGUUUCACAGCAAAACGGAUCGAGAUACUGCAAAAUUUCGUCUUUUAAAAAAUAAAGAUAAAGGCAAUGGUCUUUUUUUAGUUCGUGACUCAACAAUUUUCAUUGGCGACUAUUCAUUAUCAUUUCUACAUGAUGGGGAGGUGCAUCAUUGUCGGAUACGUACCAAAAUGGUGAAUGGUGAAAAAAAGUAUUAUUUUUUGGAAAGUAAGCAGAUGGAUACGCUUUAUGAACUUAUAUCGCAUUACACAAAAGAACGUUUGCGAACUCCGAAUUUCAGCACAACUUUAAUAACUCCAUGUCCCCAGCCUUGUCCUCAUCUUGGGAUGUCAUGGUUUUGUGAGCAUGCUGAUAAAAAUCGAGCUGAAGAUCUUCUGAACGCUGUUCGAAAAGAUGGAUCUUUUCUGUUGCGUUACAGUUCUACUGAUAAAAAUGUUUUUGUGAUCUCAUUAAGAGUUGAUGGUGAAGUAUGGCAUUAUCGUUUAAAGCGAGAUGGACGAAUUUUCGUAGUGAACCAAACAGUUUUCGAAAAUUUAAAUCAAAUUGUUGAAUAUUACUCAACGAGAGAAUUUGUUCGUGGAAUAUGUCUUAAAUAUCCCGUAAGCGAGAAUGUUUCGAUAAAUUUUGCAGAUGAUAAAUUCAACCUUAAUGUGGCAUCUGGAUGCUACAUGGAACUGAAAGACAUUGAUAAAGAGAUUUUGGUUAGAGCAAUUGAACCAUACAACGGGUCUUGUCCGAAUGAGCUGUCAUUUCCUGUAAAUGCAUUAAUGACUGUAUUAAGGAAAGAAGGCGAUCGAUGGCGUGGCAAAUAUGGUAAUCGUUUUGGAUUUUUUCCUGCUCGAUGUGUCAUAGAAUUGGAAGUAACCGAUAAUCAAACGACUGAGUUAGGUUUGUAUGCUACUAUUGAUUUGGCUGACAGUGUGAUUGAAGAAGUGCCUCUUGAAGUUGCUGGUCGACCAUUUGCUAUCAAAAUCAAGCGUGUUUCAACGCACUGGAAUCCAAGUGUUGAAUACAUAAUAGCAGCUAAUUCAUCUGAAGAUCAUGAAGACUGGUUAAAUAUUUUGCUUGAAAUGACUAGAACAGCUACAGAUCGCAACGUUUUGUUACGCACUCGAGAGAGAACUUUACGAAUAGCAUCAGAAUUAUCUGAUUUAGUAGUAUAUUGUCAAGCAGUACCUUUCAGUUCACAAUUUGCAACACAGGGUAACUUCUAUGAGAUGUGCUCGUUCAGUGAAACAAAGUUCGAGAAAUUAAUGGAACGAGGCUUGGUUCAGUUUAACUCUCGGCAGUUGUCGCGUGUUUAUCCACAAGGUUCUCGUGUCACAUCAGCAAAUUACGAUCCGAUACCGAUGUGGAAUGCUGCAUGUCAUAUGGUGGCACUAAAUUAUCAGACUGGGGAUAGGCCAAUGCAGUUGAAUCAAGGUAAAUUCAUGGCAAAUGGACAAUGCGGUUAUGUAUUGAAGCCGUCUUACAUGAUUGAUGAGAUGUUUUCUCCCGCUGCUGCAGAAAUUGUUUCUACAUCCUGUCCAAUAAUUCUCACUAUUCAUGUGAUAGCCGGACAGCAUUUGAAAAGGAAAGACCAAAAUCGGGGCAUUUGUUCUCCCGUCGUUACUAUUGAAAUGAUUGGCUUGCCAGCUGAUUCAACUACUGUUCGCACGAGAGCUUUUGCCUCAAAUGGUCUAAAUCCUGUUUGGAAUGAAAAAUUUGGUUUCAAAGUUUAUUGUCCAGAACUAGCUUUACUUCGUUUAUAUGUUGAAGAUGGUGAUUUUGUGGGACCCAAAACAGAUCCAUUCAUCGGACAAGCUGUAUUUCCACUUGAUUGCAUCCGUACAGGGUUUCGAUCUGUUACUCUUCGUAACCAAUUCAGCGAAGACUUGGAAUUAUCAUCUCUACUUUUGUUUGUUGAUAUGCGACGUCAAAGUGGUGAGGGCGAAGUUUUGAAUCCUCAUAUUGCUUUACAGGCGGGUCGUUCUCAAACAGGUAAAAUUCAUAAAACAUCAGUGCCUUCUGGUACGUUUUCGGCACGAUUAAAUUCGGUUGGUCAGAUUGAUUUUACAACAACAGAUUCACUCGAUUUAUCAUCCAUGAGAAACGUUGUUAUUCCAACGAAUUCCAUAUCUUCAGACUGCCUUGUUGCACCUGUUCCGUUGAGAAAAGAAAGUGGUUUGAAGAAAAUAUUUCGGUUUGGAAAAAAUUGA